ACAAUAAGCCUACGUCGCCGUAGCUUUGCUGAUAUGCAUGCGCUUCCGGAUUAUAAUAAUAAUAAAAUAUAUAUAUAUUUAUAUAUUUGUGCACUUCUUUUACAUCGGAUCUCUGUCUUCUCUUCAAUUCAGAGUUCACAGUUCGGACACCUGCAAUUGUAUGUGUGGUCGUACGCGUGAAUAUCCAACUUGCAUACGUGUUUUCAGUUUCUAUUUUGAGAUUGAUUGUAGAUUUUUUCUUCAAAUGUCUUAAUCAUUGCUGCAGAAAUCAAUUUUGGAAGUUCUUACAAAUAAGUACAAUCCUGGUUAAAUCCUUCUUCCAUUUCAUGCCAAGGGAUUUAUCGCUGUUUCUUCCUACCUUGUGUAUAUGCAGCCCAGGAACAAACCGUUUCAAAAAAUGAAAUAGACUGAUUUUUAGUGUAAUAGUGUAUGGAUAUGCUUUAAAUAGAAAAUACUACCGUGUUCUGUGUUGUUCCAAGUGAUCGAUUUUUGAACCGAUGAUUAUUUUUUAUUAUAAUUCUGAGUGUUCGACGGACAUGGCGGGGUUCCUACUCCGGCCUUAAUUAACUUGAUUGAGUGGGGUUAUUGGUUGUUAAAGCUUGAUUAGCAGUAGCAGAAGUGAAGGCAAAUCAAAGUAUGAGGAAUUUCUGGGAUCUGUUCAUUGCGGCAUCAAUACCUGUCCUCAAAGUGCUGCUGGUGACGGGUUUAGGAUCUGUUAUUGCACUAGAACGUUUCGAUUUGUUGGGAGAGGAUGCAAGGAAGCAUAUGAACAAUAUUGUGUUUUACGUGUUCAAUCCUUGUUUGGUGUCCAGCAGCUUGGCAAAUUCAAUUACGUACACAAGCAUGAUAAAGAUGUGGUUCAUGCCUCUCAACAUUUUCAUCACAUUUGUGAUUGGUUCGAUUCUCGGGGUUGUUGUCGUUCAGGUUACGAGAGCUCCCCAACAUCUACGAGGGCUAAUCGUGGGAUGUUGUGCGGCUGGAAACUUGGGCAACAUGCUUAUUAUUAUCAUUCCGGCAGUUUGUAAAGAGAAAGGCAGCCCAUUUGGAGAUCCUGACAUUUGUCAUACAAAUGGAAUGGGCUAUGCUUCACUUUCCAUGGCGAUCGGAGCAAUUUAUCUCUGGUCUUAUGUGUACAAUAUCAUCCGAAUAUCAUCGAGCAGAAGUUCCAAGGAAAUAGAAAUUAUUCACUCACCUCUCAGUAAAUCUCACUCUCCAUUAGAGCGUGGGAGCUCCACAGAACUCAUACUUCCAUCAAAUGCCUGCAUCACUGAAAAGGAGGAUUUUUCAGAACAAAAGGCAUCUUUUGGAACUAAAGCAAAGCAGUAUCUUGAGAUGCUUUCAAGGAAGAUCAAUCUGAAGAGCAUAUUAGCACCUUCAACCAUUGGAGCUAUUGUUGGUUUCAUUGUUGGUCUUACACCUGAAAUCAGGAAAUUGCUGAUCGGUGAUGCUGCUCCACUUCACGUGAUCCAAGAUACUGCCUUGUUGCUGGGCCUUUGGGUUUUUGAUACAAGUGCAUCUCAUGAUAGAGUCGCCCACGAGCAAGGUGAAGGGAUGGUUCAAUCCCAGCUGUAACACUCAUAAUGGGAGCCAACCUCUUAAAAGGUUUGAGAGGAUCAUCAUCUAUAGAUAAGACCAUUAUUAUUGGGAUCAUUGUUGCUCGAUACAUUGUCCUCCCUAUAAUCGGCAUAGCCAUUGUUAAAGGAGCCAUCCAUUUUGGCAUAGUUGCCCAUGAUCCAUUGUAUCAAUUUGUUCUGUAUCUUCAAUUUGCAGUUCCACCUGCCAUGAACAUUGGCACCAUGACUCAAUUGUUUGGAGCCGGUGAAAGUGAAUGCUCAGUAAUUAUGCUAUGGGCUUAUGGAUUGGCUUCAGUCUCACUUACUCUGUGGUCUACAUUCUAUAUGUGGUUGGUCUCCAGCUGAUUCGAUAAAACACAUUUUUUAGUAUCAUUUGUUGCUUCAGUUAGCCUUUUGUACAUUAAAUAAAACAGGUAAUGGGGAUGAGACAGUGAGCGUGCUAUCUCUCUCUUUCCUACUAGGAAAACUCUAGUUGUAGACAGAAAGGAGCUAGUGAGUAGGAUUUGUUAAUACUUGCUUGUUAUUGCAGAAGGAAAUGAGUCAAAAUGCUCAGCCCACAUCAUAAUCCUUCAUAAUUUCAGUUCUUCAUGCCUUGAAUAACAACAAUAAACCUUCUUUUUUAAGCACA